AUGGACAAGGAAAUCCUGGCAGUUCAUUCAACAUUACAUCUAAUCUUUCAUCGCAACAAAAAUCAGCAUCGUCGAACCAAAUGGUGGAAAUGGCUAUCCAUUUUGAAACGCGCUACCUUGGAUUUCGCCCGAUCGGGGGUAAUAUCCCACCUGGCCACCAUAAUCCCCAGAUGUUACAUUGCUUUUUCAACUGUCGUUGCCGAUAACCAAUUCUCUACCCUGGGAAUCGUACUGCUAGCUGCAUUGGCGCGACUGUCCAAAAUCACGGGGAUCAGUCAUCAGCUGAAGAUGCAACCUGUGAGGAAGUCCAAGAUUAUUCCAGUCGCAAAGGAAGAUCUUGGGGAACGCAUUCAUCGAAUUGAUACUGUGCCACUUGUCCCAGUCAAGAUUUCCCUGUCGGAUUCCACGGCUUCAGCCAAAGAAAAGCCCACGGAAAAACUUCAAGAAGUUUCCAAAACGAAAAAGAAGAAGAAGAACAAGAACGCCAUCGAUGAUUUGUUUAGCGGUUUAUUUUGA